UGAUCAAGAGCUGUACGUAGAAAUAUAUACCUACAAACUUUCAGUCUAUCCUAGUACUAGAACCACAUGGCUACUGAUUUUUGCUGCGCAUGCUCAAGAUAAAUGGAGUCUGUAAAGGGAAUGCUUCUUGAAGGUCUUACAUACAAAGAAAUCUCACAAGAAUUGAAGUGUCUUCGUGGUGGUCUCUCUGAGAGAAGUGUCAGGAGAUUUGUUAAAAAUAACGGUAUUAAAGAGGAAGCUAAAACUGAACAACGAAAUGUUAGUCAAUUAGAGAGAAAUGGGCAUUCUUCACGACAAAUGUCAGCAUAUGAAUUGAGAAACCCAAGUAUAUAUGUAGCAAGAUAUUUUGGUCACAAAUUACACCUAGACCAAAAUGAGAAGCUAGCUGUGUAUGGAGUGACGUGCGUAAUGGCUAGAAUGGCAUUAAUGGGUUAUGGGACCAAGUUCCAUGAUUCUUGCUCCUUUCAAACAACUUCAACAAACAAUCAUGUAAUCGAACGUAUGUGGGUUAAAUUAAUCGAAGAGUCCCAUCAAGCAUGCCAAGAAACAGACAUGGAUUGCCGUGUUACAGAGGUAGGUAUGAAUCGCAUGAUCAUCAGUUGGAACAAUCAUUUAAUUUCGAGACGGGGUGUUUUGAGAGGUACACGGUUUUGAGAGGUACACGAUUCGGAACUACCAGGAUUGACACACAAGAUCUACCGAGUGCUCCUGCUCCUGCUGCUGUAUACAGACCAAGGUGGUAUUUUGUCUAACCCGUCCUGUGUUGGCAAUGAUCCACUUCAGGGAGAAGAGCGAAUGGAUUUCUUCCUUUAGUACCUCUUCAUUGAAUAACGCUAUCCAAUUUUAUGUGACUCUAUCACUGACACUACUCUAUCACUGACACUAUCGUUUAACUCAAACACUUCUUAUAUACAUAAUCAUUAGGCAACAGAUAUAUAAACUCAAAUGUCUUGCUUCUUGGGUGAGAUCCAGAGGGGGCACCGUGCUGUUCAAAACAGCAUACCUAUAAAACUACGAACUCUAAUUGUAUUUUGCUUUGAUUUCACGGUGAUUUACAGUUAUCAAUGAAAACGAUCACAUAAUUAUUGUGCAUGUAUGGUUGUGACAUUAAAAAAUUAAUUGAUAAAUGAGUUUACUUACAACUUAGUUUCCACACGGGAGUUUCCACAUUUUUGUGAGUAACUGAUGAGUUUAAUUUGUACACUAGUCUGAUCAUAGAUAGAAGAAGGUAGAAGAAGGAAAGGGAUUGGAAAGGGAUUGGAAACGCAUCACAUGAUGCUCUAUCAAUUGUACGUGUGACGUCAUAACAUGAUUUUAGAGGCUAGUUGCGCUUGUUCAGCUACUGGAAAGCUGGUAACUCGUAACUCGCUCACUGUCUGAACAGUUGAUCGUUUUAUGAGAAACUCCAGCAAUGUAUUGGGUAGUCAACACCCACGGGGCUAUGCUGAGCCAUAGUAGACUAUCUACAGACUUAAAGACUUCUAGCUACUGAGUUACAAGGAGUUUUCUCUUGGAUUUCUGCUAUAUUGACAUGGGGAACCUGAAGAGGGAAUAUGGAAUGCUAGACAAAGAUAGAAGUGGUCCUUUCAAGUCAAGCCAAGGAGAACUUGUGAUAAAUUGAGCAUUUCUGUUAUAUCUAGAUCAAUCUUUACCAACAUACAUGUGCUAAGUACAUAGUAUAAGCAUUGUUCAAUGUCACACAUAAAUGAUACAAUUGUUGUAUAAUCAUAGUGUCAUGAUUGGUGUCUUCUAUCCAUGGUGUGUUUAUCGUAGAAAUCACAAAGCUCUAGAAGACUCACAGAAGCUUCAGGGAGUCUGGACCGUCUCUCUGGCAGUCAACUUCUUCUUCUCUUCUUCUUCAACAUGAAAUACAAAUUUGAUAUACUAUCCGUAUCCAUACAUAACAUAAUUGCCUCUUGUGUUGAUCUUUGAUUGUUUGUUCUUUUAUUGUUUCCAUCAAAUUCCAUGUGGAACCAGUUAUGUUAAUUAUGGUGCGUUAGGGGUUAAAUAUGGCAUUUCCUCACAUGACGCAACUAGUACAGGAUUUCUAUUGCGUUUCCAAUCCCUUUCCUUCUUCUAUCUAUGGUCUGAUUGACUUAGU